AAACAAAAGGUGUAUUGAAGCAGCAGGCGCAGUUGAGUUCUUGGCCGCAAUUGUAAUCAAUUCCAAUUCCAUGGAAGAAUCAUCUGAAGAUGGGGUUAACUCCACUCGACCAACAGACGAGGUCUUAAGCAUCCUCUACAAUCUACAACUAUCAGAAGCCGGUCUUCAGAAUCUUCUUGGAAAAAAUAGUGAUUUUGUUGAGUGCUUAACCCAAUUCAUGCAACGUGGGACAUAUGAGUCCCGAGCAUACGGGGCUUUAUUGUUAAAAUCACUGAUGGAAGUAGCAGAUCCGAUGCAACUUAUUGGAUUGAAACCUCAGCUCUUCAUUGAAGCGAUCCAAAUCUUGCAAGAUCAGAUAUCCUACCAGGCCUCAAAAGCUAUACUGCAGCUCCUGAUAAAUGUUUGUCCAUGGGGGAGAAACAGGGUGAAAGCAGUUGAAGCAGGAGGAGUACCAAUCUUGAUAGAUCUCCUUCUCAAUUCUACAGAGAAGAGAGCAUGUGAGAUGAUACUGACAGUGCUGGAGAUGAUGUGUGGCUGUGCCGAAGGGAGGGCGAAGCUUUUGGGGCAUGCGGCAGGGCUUGCAGUUGUUUCGAAGAAAAUUCUUAGGGUUUCCCAGGUGGCAAGUGAGAGAGCAGUGAGGAUUCUGCUAGCGGUGUCGAAGUUCUGCGCCACACCCAGCGUUCUUCAGGAGAUGCUGCAGUUAGGUGUGGUGUCAAAGCUGUGCUUGGUGCUUCAAGUGGACUGCAGCAGCAAAAUAAAAGAGAGGGCCACAGAGGUUCUUAAGUUGCACGCUCGAGCAUGGAAGAAUUCUCCCUGCAUACCUACGAAUCUGCUCUCUUCAUAUCCUGCUUGAGAAAAGGAUGAAGGAGACAUAAAGAAAUUGAUUCGUUACUUGGGAAUUUCUUAGAAUAGACAUUUUUUGUUUGGUGUACGUAAUUGUUUAGUGUAAAAUCAGGUUAGAUAGGAGACAAAUAUACAUGGGCAAAAAAUUAGCCACAAAUAUAGUUAAAUGCAGAUGAGAUUUAAUUCCACUGGGGGAAAUUGAUCAAUUAAUUUCUUACACAGUUUAGUUCUCAUCAGUCAGUUGCCAAAUCGUUAGGUUCACACUUGACUCUCCUCUCCAAAUUGCCUAAAUUAGUAAAAUCCUUUUCUAAAAUUUCCUUAAUGCUAAUGAGGCCUUUGGAGUUGUGAAGGGAUUGGGACGCUAAAAACUUUGAAGUUAUAGGGAUGAAUCUUCAUUUUUGCGAGUUUAGGUCCAGUUUGUAUUUUGUUAUUGUUACUUUCUGAGUGUUGGUUUGCAUUGUAUACAUACAUAUACUGUAGCAUAUGUUUCACAUAAAAAAAUCCGUUGUAA